GGUUGUCAGUCGGUCGGCCUCCCAUGUUUGUCGGGAAGGGGAGAGGAUCCGGUUCGGUUUAAAGCGAGUUUAGGUUUGACUCCCAAGUGUUGAGCGAACAUGGCAGUGUGCGGGGUUCACCUGGACUCGGAUGCGUUCCUCGUGUGUUUAAAUCACGCCUUGUCCACCGAGAAGGAGGAAGUGAUGGGACUGUGUAUCGGAGAGGUUGACACAAGCAGGAUUGUUCACAUUCAUUCUGUCAUCAUUCUUCGCCGUUCAGAUAAGCGGAAGGAUCGAGUGGAAAUUUCUCCAGAGCAACUUUCUGCAGCAUCUACUGAAGCUGAGAGGUUAGCUGAAAUGACGGGUCGCCCAAUGAGAGUGGUAGGAUGGUAUCAUUCUCACCCUCAUAUCACUGUAUGGCCUUCACAUGUAGAUGUCCGUACUCAGGCCAUGUAUCAGAUGAUGGACCAAGGCUUUGUAGGGUUGAUCUUCUCCUGUUUCAUUGAGGACAAAAACACAAAGACUGGCCGAGUUCUCUAUACCUGUUUCCAGUCAAUUCAGGCACAGAAAGGUUCUGAGUAUGAACGAAUAGAAAUCCCUAUCCAUGUAGUGCCCCAUGAAACUAUUGGUAAAGUGUGUCUGGAGUCUGCUGUGGAACUUCCAAAAAUCCUUUGUCAAGAGGAGCAGGAUGCAUAUAGAAGAAUUCACAGCCUUACACAUCUGGACCCUAUAACCAAGAUUCACAAUGGAUCAGUUUUCACAAAGAAUCUGUGUAGCCAGAUGUCAUCCAUUAGUGGUCCUCUGCUACAGUGGCUGGAGGAUCGUCUUGAUCAGAACAAACAGCACAUCCUGGAACUUCAGCGGGAGAAGGAACAACUCCUCCAAGAACUAGCGGCCUUAAAGUGAAAGGAAUCAUGGGACCUGUGGGAAGAGGGACAGGAAAUUGCAUUCCAGUUGUUCUUCUGUUACUGAUGGACAAGGAAGCUAUUGGAUUGCAACAAAGAUCUGUAACAAGCUUUUGGGUCAUGUUUAAGACCCCCUUUUGUUGCUAUUCAUCUUACUUGCUUAUCUAUCCAGUCUUAUGCCCAGACAAAUGGAAAUGGACACAUUAUAGCUUUGAUCAGCUUUUGUGUCAAAGGGGAAUUAUUCUAGUCCUUUUUGGAUCCAAACUUCCAUAUUUCAGGUGUCCUGAAAUUUGUGGCUCCAUUUACAUGAAGUUGUUGGAUAGAUACAUUUUCUGUUGAUGUUUUAACUGAUCAUUAUUUCAGUUACACAGUGUGAUAAUAGAAGUUACUUCAACUGAUAUUUCUUGAAACCAGGGAAGUUGUUGAUUAUUUGACAAAUUUGUCAACAAUUUUAUUUGUGGCCUGCAUUUUGGGUAGCCUUUAGCCAGUAGAUAUUCUGAUUACUUUAUAUUCACCAGCUGUUGGAAAAUUUAAGUGAAUACUGGAAAAUACUUUUCAAUGCCACAAAAUCUCAGCUAAAUCUAAAGAGGUUAGACUGUUGAUUUCUUACUAUGUUCCCUGUGAAAGUAAAAUAGUGAGUAGAAAAGUUCUGUUAACAAUUUUCUUCUUUACUUCAGUAUAUUUAUGAUGGUUUGACAUUAUUGUAUCACCAAUCUGCAUUUCAUUGACUAAUUCAAAAGUUUGGACUAUUCCAAUGACAUCUUUGAUUGUAUGUAUCAUUAAAUUAGGCAAACAACAUAACUGAAUCCUCAGUAAGAGAAGGAUCAGUUUUAUUCCAGCAUCUCUAAACAAAGAGGAAUGAUAGGAGCUGUGGAAAGAGGAUCAACAAAUUUUAUGCAAGCCAUUGUUGUUACAGAUGAGAAGGGAAGCCAUUAACCUGCAAAGAUACCUAGAUUGGCUGAAUAAAUGUGACAGAUCACUUUACAAUCUGCUUUGUUAUCGCUUCCAGUACUUAAA